UUGAAGUUGAAGGAGAGAAAUAAUAAUAAUAAUAAUAAAUUAUUUAGUGUGUCUGUCUGGGUAAUGUAGGGGAACUGAGGGGGCAAGCCGUCAACAUUUUGGGUCUCCUCUUUAUCUCUUUGUCGGCCCCUUUUGCCGGAAUUUCUCGCCGGAGUUUUACACUUUUCCUUUUCUUUACACUUUCAGCUGAUCUGACUGAUUAAUUCAAAUCUUUUCACUUUUUAGUUACUUAUUAUUAUUGAAAAGCGAAAAGGUUUAAUACACAUGUCUAACUGAACCAAACCAAUACUCUAUUACUACUACUAGUAACUAACUAUGAAAGCGCCACCGGCCAGCGGGGGUGUCGGAGUAGCCACGGCGGCCGUUGCAAUUCCGGUUACAGCUCCCAAUCCAACUGCUUCUGAAGGUGUCAAUGUAGAGAAGAAGAGCAUCAAUCAAGAACUAUGGCAAGCGUGUGCCGGUCCGCUUGUCUGUUUGCCGGCCGCCGGAACUCAUGUCAUCUAUUUUCCUCAAGGUCAUAGUGAACAGGUUGCAGCAUCAAUGAAGAAGGAUGUAGAUUCUCAAAUCCCAAAUUAUCCUAAUCUUCCAUCAAAGUUAUUAUGUCUCCUUCACAAUGUGACAUUACAUGCGGACCCUGAAACAGAUGAAGUAUAUGCUCAGAUGACCCUCCAACCUGUUCCUUCUUUUGACAAAGAUGCUAUAUUGAGAUCAGAUCUUACAUUGAGGUCAACUAAACAACAGCCAGAAUUCUUUUGUAAAACUUUAACAGCAAGUGACACAAGCACUCAUGGAGGCUUUUCUGUGCCUCGACGUGCAGCUGAGAAGAUUUUCCCCACUCUUGAUUUCUCCAUGCAACCGCCUGCUCAAGAAAUUGUAGCUAGGGAUUUGCAUGAUAAUGUCUGGAAUUUCCGUCAUAUCUAUCGUGGACAACCCAAGCGUCAUUUGCUUACAACAGGGUGGAGCCUAUUUGUCAGUGGAAAGAGGCUAUUUGCGGGUGACUCUGUUUUAUUUAUUAGAGAUGAAAAGCAACAGCUUCUCUUGGGCAUCAGGCACGCCAAUAGGCAGCCUGCUAAUUUAUCAUCAUCAGUGUUGUCAAGUGAUAGUAUGCAUAUUGGAAUUCUAGCUGCGGCAGCACAUGCAGCAGCAAAUAAUAGCCCUUUCACUGUGUUCUAUAACCCAAGGGCUAGUCCGUCAGAAUUUGUUAUCCCUCUGGCGAAGUAUUACAAGGCCGUGUGCAGCAAUCAGAUAUCACUUGGCAUGCGCUUUCGAAUGAUGUUUGAAACUGAAGAAUCGGGAACAAGAAGGUACAUGGGUACAAUUACAGGCAUAAGUGAUCUUGAUCCUUUAAGGUGGAAGAACUCUCAAUGGAGAAAUCUGCAGGUUGGAUGGGAUGAAUCAACUGCUGGAGAAAGACGCAAUCGAGUCUCAAUCUGGGAUAUUGAACCAGUAACAGCUCCAUUUUUCAUAUGUCCUCCUCCAUUCUUUAGAUCCAAGCGUCCGCGGCAGCCUGGAAUUCCAGAUGAUGACUCGUCUGAUUUAGAUAACUUAUUUAGAAAGACUAUGCCGUGGCUUGGUGAUGAUUACAUGAAGGAUCCUCAGUCUCUCCCUGGCCUGAGCUUAGUCCAGUGGAUGAACAUGCAACAAAACCCUUCCCUUGCUAACUCAAUGCAGCCCAAUUACAUGCAGUCCCUGUCAGGAUCUGCUCUGCAGAACUUAGCUGGGGCUGAUCUUUCCCGUCAAAUAGGAGUUUCAGCUCCCCAAUUACCUCAGCCAAACAAUUUGCAAUUUAGUGCCCAGCAUCUGGCUCAGCAAGCGCAGCUACUUGAUCAGCUUCCGAAAAUGCCAUUGUCAAUGAACCCACUAGGUUCCGUCAUACAGUCCCAACAACAAUUGAGUGAUAUCUAUCAACAAUCAACACAAAAUUCGGUAACACCAACUAUACAGUCAAGUCAAGUUCAAGCUCACGUUCUGCAGCCUCAGACUCUAGUCCAAAAUACUAAUACAAUUCAGCAACAAUCAUCUCUUCCAAGCCAGCAUCUUUCUAGAAACCUCUCUCAGAACCUGCAGCAGCAUCAGAAUCAACAGCAGCAUAUUUUCAGUCAGAACCAACAGCCAAGUGUAAUGCAUACCCAGGUGCAUGAUCAAGUAAACCAACAUUUGCAAAUGUCCAACAAUCAGAUUCAGCACCAACUGUUGCAGAAGCUUCAGCAGCAACAGAAAUCACUUCUAGCUCAGCAGUCACUACAACAAUCUGGUCAAUUUAUGCAGCUUCAGGAUCCACAAAGGCAACUGUUAGAGGCAUCUCCAAGCUUCUCAAGGACUCCUCCAAAUCAAAUGCCAGAAAUGCCUCAAACAACACCAAGCUCACUUCCUCAAUCGAAUAUUAUUCAUCAUCAGAUGACAAAGAAUAGUGGCCAGGCUAGUGCUUGCUGCUCUCAUUUGCCUCAGCAGCCUAGCAUAAUAUCUGAAAUGGCUGGACAUGUGGGACUUUCUCCAAGCCCAGCUGUUAAUCAUCUCGCUGCACUUGGUAGUAGUAGUGUAUUAAAUGUAGCUGCAGGAGUAGGCUUAUCUGGGAUUACUGAGGAGGUUCCAUGUUGUUCAACUUCACCUUCCACAAACAGUUUUAGUAAUGUGGCUAAACAAAUGAUUAGUAGGGCAAAUCAAAACACCAUAAGGGAAGACAUGAAUCAGUCUGCUACAGCACUCUUAAGUCAUAGUACCUUAGCACCGAUCUCAUGUCAUGCUAACUUGGUUAAAGGGGUGCAACAGAAAUGUGAUGUCAAGCCCUCAUUGAAUAUUGCUAAGAAUCAAAACCAAGGACUCUUUACCCCACAAUCAUAUUUAAAUAGUGGUGCUGCUCAGACAGAUUAUGUGGACACUUCUUCUUCUACAACUUCAGUUUGUGUUUCUCAAAAUAAUAACUCGUCAUCCUAUAAUCAGCAAUCAAUGCUCGUGAGAGACACUAGCCAGGGUGGGGAACUCCCAUUAGAUCCCACAAACAAUGUUCCAUAUGGAACUAAUGCUGGUGGCCAACUAGGGGCGUCUUUGAAUUCUGAUCAUGGGUUGACAAAAGGCAUUAUAGGUUUGGGCAAGGAUUUUUCAAAUGAUAUCCCCUCGGGGGUUAUGCUUUCUAACUGUGAAAACUUAAAAGAUGAUCAGAACGAGCUUUCAUCUUCAAUUAUUUCACAGCCAUUUGGUGUUCCUGAUGUAGCAUUCAAUUCAAUUGACUCAACAAUCAACGAUAGCAGCUUCAUGAACAGAAGUGCUUGGGGUGCUCCUCCUCAGUUACAGCGUAUGAGGACAUAUACAAAGGUGUACAAACGUGGAGCAGUUGGACGGUCAAUUGACAUAACACGUUAUUCUGGAUAUGAUGAGCUUAAGCAAGAUUUGGCUCGGAGGUUCGGUAUAGAGGGACAGUUGGAAGACCGACAUAGAAUAGGCUGGAAACUUGUUUACGUGGAUCAUGAAAAUGACGUUCUUUUAGUGGGCGAUGACCCUUGGGAAGAAUUUGUGAACUGUGUCCGCUGUAUCAAGAUCUUGUCCCCUCAAGAAGUCCAACAAAUGAGCUUAGAUGGAGAUUUCGGGAACUCUAUGCUUCCGAGACAGGCUUGUAGCAGCUCCGAUAAUGGCAAUGCAUGAAGUAUUUGAUGAAAAUGCUAACAAUUUCUUCCAAACCGUAUAGUAUUUUUUUUCUGAUCAUGUUCAUAGCUUUCUGUAUGGUGUGUACACUUCCUUCUUGUCUGGGUUUGUAGCCAUUUGCUAGUUUGCAGAAGGGGCAGCCAAUCGAAGAAUUUUCUUUUGGAAACCUUACAAUUACUGAAGUAGCAAGUAAAUCUGUCAGGUGGUUAUCUGACUCGACACAGAUCUGAACGAUAACAAAUGUUGAGAGCAGAAAUGGAAGAUUUUGUUGACACCUAGUUGGUUUGGGGCACUUUGUGGUGGAAACCUUCAUUUUUUCGUCGAGCGGCUGUGUCGAAAACCCAGUUUGGUUUCUCAAGCUAUUUAUGUGUUGAUAGCUGUUGGCAGAGUUAUUCAGUAAGCUUUCUUGUUUAUAGGAAUUGGAGAUGGUGAAUUGGGAACACUUGAGAUUGUUAUGGCCUAGUUUUGAGUAUGUAGAAUAUGUAGAAUUAUACAUUGUGGUCCCUUGUAGAGGUAGGAGGUAACAUAUUUGUAUUUGUUAUAAUUGUAUAAAUCUAAUUAUUACAAUUGCAGAUUUUA